ACGCGGACAUCCUUCUAUUUCACGUGACUUUCCCUCCACGCUGGCAUCUGUUCCCCCUCUCUUCUCCCAAUGUUCCUUCAUAUUACAAACAUAAUAAAAAGUAAAUAAUAUAAAAUAAAUAAACCAAACAGAAAUCGAAAGCUUGUUUAGAUAGCAAAAAAAAAAAAAAAAAGGAAAAGGAAAAAGCAAUGGGAGGUGGUGGUGUUGGUGAGAUAGCAGCGGAGACAAGGAAGAAGAGGAAGAAGGGAAGGCCCUCUCUCUUAGAACUUCAAAAACGCUCUCUCAAACAACAACAACUGCAGGAGCCGCAGCAACCGCAAUUGCUUCCUCAGAAAACCCCUAAUUCUUCUAUCUUUUCGAACCGCCGAUCCACUCGCCGCCACCCAAAUCUCAACGGUGGGUCCCCAGUUUCCGGAUCGAUUUCCGGAGGAGAAGACGACGACGACGACGACCGCCUACAGAAGAAGCAUAAACCAUUGCUUGGCUUCAAUUCUUCUCGUACUGAUCAGCAUUAUCCGAUUCCUUCGGCGCUCAAUUCGGCCUCCUAUGGGUCCGAUUCGAAUGCGGAUGGUGACAAUCCCGACGCGUCCCUCAAGCGUCGCAAGUUUACCGCCGCCAAGCCUGGAUCUGAUCAAAUGGGAGAAAAGUUAUCGAAAGUGACGGACACACUUCAUGGGUCACCGGUGGAGUCUGGCCCCACUCCCACGACGCCUUUGCCAGACAAAAAGUUGUUGGUGUUCAUUCUUGACAGGCUUCAAAAGAAAGACACUUAUGGGGUAUUCUCUGAGCCAGUAGAUCCUGAAGAGCUUCCAGAUUACCAUGAUAUUAUUGCACACCCAAUGGACUUUUCGACAGUCAGGAAAAAACUUGAUGAGGGAGCUUAUAUUACCUUAGAACAAUUUGAGAUUGAUGUUUUCCUAAUAUGCUCUAAUGCAAUGCAGUAUAAUGCACCAGAUACAAUUUACUUUCGACAGGCACGAUCAAUGCAAGAGCUGGCUAAAAAGGACUUUGAGAAUUUGAGGCAAGAUAGUGAUGAAGGUGAACCACAAGUGAAAGUUGUGAGGAGAGGAAGGCCACCUGGAAAGAGCCUCAAAAAGUCAUUGGUUUCAUCGUCAUCUAUUGACCAUGUUGGUUCUGAGUACUCCUCAGAUGCAACACUAGCUGCUGGACGAGAUGCUUCUAGCCUUUCAAACACUUACAAUUUGAGGAAAGCACCUAAUUCCCUCAAACUACGGCCUGCAGAUACAUUUAUCAGGCCCUCCUGGGGUUCUCCUAGCAAAGAAAAUCAUGCCAUUUGUUCAUCUGAAUGGGAGAAUGAAUUUCCAGCUUCUGUUGUGAGGGCUGUGAUGAAGUAUGGGAUGAAACAUUUUGCAGUAGAUGAGAACAGGCGUGACACCUACUGCCACUCAUCGACUUCUGGACAUGAGCAACAUACCUUUUCCACCUUGGAUGGAGAAUUGAAGCAACUAAUUCCGGUUGGUUUGAGUGCAGAAAAUGGCUAUGCUACAAGCUUGGCACGUUUUGCUGCAAAUCUUGGACCAGUUGUUUGGAAAAUUGCUUCAAGGAAAAUUGAAAGUGUUUUGCCUAGUGGACUCAAGUUUGGUCCUGGAUGGGUUGGAGAAAAUAGGACAGUUGAGCAGCCACAAUGUUCCUUUUCUGAUAAGCAGAGGUCUCCGAAUUCUCUAUCUGAUAACCCUCCUGGCAGAUUUUUAUCUACAGCUACUUCUGGUUCAAACUCCAUUGCUGCAAGUAGAUUUCCUUUGCAAGGUAGAGAAGACAUGGAAGCUGUCAGAGGCCUAACUUCUCAAAAUGACUCGACUUCUGCACCUUCUCAUCAGUUUCAGCAAAGUCUUGUUCGACACUCGGGUAUCAAUGGUUCUAUUGGUGGGUUUGGGUUUGGUUAUUCCUCUCAAACGGGGUUGGUAACACAGUGUGUAAAUUCUUUGUCUGAAAAGACUACAGUGCCGACUCAAACACAUGUCAUGAUUUCUGGUGCUAGUGAUUUUCUUCCAAAAGAGGCCAAGUUGGCCGAUAGUUCAAUCGCUUUACAUUCUGGAAAUGCAAUGGCUAUGGAGCCUGAAAUGGUGUCACAUGCAGCGGCAACUAAUGUCGGGCUUCAGCGGAGUUCCUAUAAUGAACCGAAUUUCCUUCAAUUUGCUCCUGAUCUUAAUGUGAGAUUUCUGGCACCGGGUUCACCUAGUUCUAGUGUGCCAAUUGGUUCACCCCAGCGCCCUGAUUUAGCAUUGCAACUCUAAUAAUCAGCCAACACGAUUUCCAUAUGAUGUGGCUUGUAUGUGCUAAUUGUAGUAUUAGGUCAAGUACGCCUGUAUAUGAUGAUAAGAUGUGGUCGAAAUUUACUUACUACAUUCUUCAUUGGAAGGUCCGUUGAGUAGUGGUUCCUGAAGAAAUCAUAGGAGCAGAUUGUAGGGGAGAUUUUGUAUAGAUUGAUAUAUCAAAUUCUUUCAUAGGAUUAAAAAAUUACAGAUUUAUAUGCAACAUACGAUAUCUAACAUGUUAUAUUUUGAGUUAAUGAAUAUUGUUACCAAUA